AUACCAGAGACCCGCGCAGUCGCGCUGCAGUGACGUCACGCGUAGCAGGCAGUGAGGACGUGCGCGUCCCCGCUUCUUCCUCUUUCUCGACUCCAUCUUCGCAGUAGCUGCAGCGGCGUCCGCGGGUCAGUCGCCAACAUGCAGCUCUUUGUCCGCGCUCAGGAGCUACACACCCUCGAGGUGACCGGCCAGGAGACGGUCGCCCAGAUCAAGGCUCAUGUGGCCUCGCUGGAGGGCAUCGCCCCGGGAGAUCAAGUCGUGCUCUUGGCCGGCUCGCCGCUGGAGGAUGAGGCCACCCUGAGCCAGUGUGGGGUGGAGCCCCUGAGCACUCUGGAGGUCGCUGGCCGCAUGCUCGGAGGUAAAGUCCAUGGUUCCCUGGCCCGCGCUGGAAAAGUGAGAGGUCAAACUCCCAAGGUGGCCAAACAGGAGAAGAAGAAGAAGAAGACAGGCCGGGCCAAGAGGCGCAUGCAGUAUAACCGGCGCUUUGUCAACGUAGUGCCCACCUUUGGCAAGAAGAAGGGCCCCAAUGCUAACUCCUAAGGCCUAUGUGAUGCUGGCUCUCUAAUAAAACCACUUUGCCCCAGGCAAGCUCA